AUGAAAUCGAAAGAAGAAGAAUUUAAUCUAUGGUUAUUAGAAGUACAGAACCUUAAUCCUGAAGCAGUCAGUCCUCCGCUUAUGAAAGAACAUUUUAAGCGAUUUAUUGAAGAUUACAAUACCGCAACAUUACCCCACGUCAAAUAUUACAGCCUCGAAAAAUGGGAAGCAGAGGAGCGAGCCAAGCGUUACAAUACGUCUCGUGAUCGAGUCGAAGAGGAAGGAACCACUUUUGAUUUUGCAAAAGAUGAAGAGGAGAUACGGAAGAUGCAUCGACAAUGGUCGAAUGUUCCUCCGCCUACAGGGCCUUUAUACACAAAAGAACAACUGCUGGAGGUGAGGCGUGUUACGGCCGAGCGUAUUCAGGCAGAAAAAUUGAGAAAGAUGGGAUUCACUCCUAAAGAGAGCAUGGGAGUAAGAUAUGAAUGA